AUGUAAUAGUCAGAUUCGAGCCCGAGGGUUGUAUAUGUCCCUGUUAAAAGUCAAUACGCGUAUUCACAAUACAUUUGUGAGAAUAACUGUUUGGCAAUUAUAAGCAAGAAUAUGUUAUUAUUCACUGUUUUGCGGUAAUUUUGUCAGGAAAACAUUGUCCCCUGCCGUGCUCCAUACUUGCCCCUACCUCUGCGCCUCAGAGGCUAAAGAUGGCUGAAGCUCAUCCAUGGCCUAGCCGGUUCUUCUGUCACAGAUGCUCCGCAGAAAUUAGCCCUCGCCUUCCCGAGUACACAUGUCCAAGAUGUGAGUCAGGGUUUAUUGAGGAGCUGCUGGAAGAAAGAAGUGCUGACAAUGGCUCCAUGCCUACUAUCUCCAGCGGGCCACAAAACCAGCAACCAUUUGAGAAUCCAGACCAGCACUUGUUUACAUUCCCUUCGGGCUAUGGCCAGUUCUCGCUGAGUGUCUUUGACGAUGCGUUCGAUUUUGGGGCCGGACUCCGAGAGGAAGACAACCGGGAUGCGGAAAACCGCAGAGAAAGGGAGAACGCAUCGCGACAACGAUAUAGCGCCAGGCAACCGAGAAGUCGUCAAGGUUCGAGGCGGCAGCCAGGCAGGCAUGAAGGAGUUCCGACUUUGGAAGGAAUAAUUCAGCAGCUUGUUAAUGGAAUCAUUGCCCCCACUGCAAUGCCGAAUAUUGGCAUUGGACCCUGGGGCGUUCUUCAUUCAAAUCCAAUGGAUUAUGCGUGGGGGGCUAAUGGGUUAGAUGCUAUUAUAACACAGUUAUUAAACCAAUUUGAGAACACGGGUCCUCCGCCUGCUGAUAGAGAUAAAAUAAAAAAUCUGCCUUCAGUCCACAUUACGGAGGACCAAGUGGCUUCAGGACUGGAAUGUCCAGUGUGUAAAGAAGAUUACAGUGUGGAAGAAAAUGUGAGGCAGCUACCGUGCAAUCACAUGUUCCACAACGAUUGCAUUGUACCCUGGUUGGAGCAGCAUGACACGUGUCCAGUGUGCAGGAAAAGCUUGAGUGGACAAAACACGGCCACCAACCCUCCAGAACUAUCAGGGAUGAACUUUACCUCCUCUUCUUCCUCGUCAUCCUCCUCGUCCUCCUCCACCCCUCAACCCUCUAGCUCCACCAUUAACGAUAACGCCACAGACAACUCGUAGAGAAGAUUUAUUGUCAUCCGUCCCUACCACUUUUUGAGCCGUCUCGAGCUCCCAGGCUUCAGAAAGGAUGGUGCACCUGUUUCUCUCUGACGUAGGGUAGGCAGCCCAGGUGCAUCUAAAAAAAAAUUAAAAAGAGCCUGGUAAGUGAGAUGUGAGGUCCGAUGCAAUUCUGCUGGGCCAGUGGCUCCUGUUUUUUGGGCUUUUUUUCCAUCAGGGAUCCAAACAGAAAACAGGUGGAGGCCAUAAGAGGUGGGAAGCCUCUGUCAGAGACAAUGUGGGGACGACUCCUCAUGCAGGACAAAGAUUUUGGAAGUGAACUGUUUUUGCCUGUGUGAAACGCAAAAAAGAAAUGUACAUUUAUUCUGUUUUUAUGAGUCCCAUUGAUAUAUAAUUAAUGACCUACCAUGCACUCAAGUGCACUGUUAACGUGUGCACUUCAUUUUUCUUCAUGGUUUUUGUUUUUGCAACUACUUCAUAGUGAGGGCUCCCACACAGUUUUACCAUAAAACCCAAAUAGAUUUUGAAGUGAAAGCGAUUUUUAUAUUUUACCUGCAAGACUAAAAAAAAGUUCCCAUCCUCCUGGCAAUUUGAAGCAUUAAAGUUAAUUUGUGCAUUUUAACCUCAGCGGAAAAUUUAGAUAUUUUCUCAGGUUGCUAAUUGAUUUGCAGUAUGAUCGUGUAUGGAGAAUAUGAGAAAAUAAAGAUGUUUUUGGUGAAAACACUCAAGCAAAAUGUGUAGUGGUGCAGUUUUUGUUAGUGUUUACAACUGCACAUGAAUGCCUUGGAAACAGGCUUGCAAUGGCUUGCUAUAAGCACUGCUUUUCCCAGUUGACAACUUUAAGGCUCUUGAGUGUACCGGAUAGCAGGAAGUGACUUCAAAACAGAUUUAAGAUUUUUUUGAUUGUAUUGUGCAGUUUGAGCUUGCUGUAAAAGGUCUGGCCUGCAUCAAUGAAGUCCUCAAUCCUGCUUCCUUUUUAAUUGUUAUACCAUCAAAGGUGUACUUCCUCCAUUAUUGUAUCCACUCCUCAGUCGGGAUGACAGUUCAAUGGUCUCAUGUGAAGGGAUUGUUCCUAUAGACGUGUGGAAUAUGCUUGAUUUUACCAUUGAUGCUGUGGUACUUACCUAUUCAAACUUUUUAACAAUGCCAUUAAAUAUACAGUAUGUGAACACAUUGUACCAUAAAGUAUAUAGGGGUGAGUUUUUUUGAAAGUGUUCAAGAAGUAGUUCAAACAAUAUCCUUCUGAGAUCCAGCUU